AUUUCGCUGGCAGUCAUCGACUUCAGUCAUAUCACACGUAGAAUAGCGCAUGCACAAGGGCAAAGGUUUGUAUGUAUUAAUCCGCAUACACGUGUGUUUUGAAAAUGUUUUCCAACAUCACUUCAUAACUGCUCGAAAUGCGUGCGUUUCGAACAUGACACGAACGAAUAUGCUGCAACAAAGAAUACAGAAUAUAGUGACCUCAUCGCGUUAAAAUCGAACCAGAUGCUGGCUGAAUCCUUUCUAGAAUAUGACUGAAACAAAUCUGGGUACGCUGCCUAUUCUGUGUACAUCCGCGCAUAAUACGGGGACUUUUCUUUGAGUAAAAAUUGGGCGCCGAAACACCCCCUAUUCCCUAGCAUCAGUCACUGGUCGUUAACACAACAGUUUGGCUUACUGAAGCACUCAGAUGUCACUGGUGGACCUGGGGAAAAAGCUGCUGGAGGCAGCUAGGUCAGGGCAGGACGAUGAGGUUCGGAUUCUCAUGGCUAAUGGAGCGCCGUUCACCACAGAUUGGCUUGGGACCUCUCCCCUGCACCUCUCCGCUCAGUUCGGCCAUUACUCCACUACAGAGGUCCUCCUCAGGGCGGGCGUCAGCCGAGAUGCCCGAACCAAAGUGGACAGGACCCCGUUGCACAUGGCAGCUUCCGAGGGCCAUGCCCGCAUUGUGGAAGUGCUGCUGAAGCAUGGAGCUGAUGUAAACGCGAAAGACAUGUUGAAGAUGACGGCGCUCCACUGGGCUACAGAACAUGGCCACCGGGAUGUCGUUGAACUCCUGAUAAAGUACGGCGCAGACGUGCACGUCCAGAGCAAAUUCAGCAAGAAUGCUCUGGAAAUUGCUUGCGACAACGGUAACGAAGAACUAGCAGAAAUCCUUCAGGUGUCCAUGCAAAACCAAAUAAACACAAACCCCGAGAGCCCAGACACUGUGACUAUACACGCUGCGUCCCCACAGUUCAUCAUCGGUCCUGGAGGACUGGUGAAUUUAGCCAGCCUGGUUUCGGGGGAUGUGUCCAAAUCAGCAGUGGUUGCGACAGAAGAGGUUGUGACCGCAGACACAGUAGACGGAGCCAUUCAGCAGGUCGUCAGCUCAGGGGGUCAGCAGGUCAUAACCAUAGUUACAGAUGGAAUCCAGCUUGGCAACCUGCAGUCUGCCAGCGGUAUCGGUCAGCCCAUCAUUGUGACGAUGCCAGAUGGCCAGCAAGUUUUAACAGUUCCAGCCACAGACAUUGCAGAGGAAACUGUAAUCAGUGAGGAGCCCACAAUGAAGAGACAGCGCACAGAGAUGGUGGAGAGCUACAUUGAAACCCAAGAGAUUGAGGAGAAAGAAACCCUACAGAAGCAGUUGGAAGAGGCCAAUCGGGAAGCGCAGAAGUAUCGACAGCAGCUGCUGAAGAAGGAGCAGGAGGCCGAGGCCUACAGGCUGAAAAUCGAAGCCAUCACACGUCAGCAAAGUAGUAAGAAGGCUGUGUGAGUCCACUGGCCUUCAAAAGAAAUGUCGAAAGAAAGCCAGGACUGUAGUAACUGCAGACCUGGGUCAAAUAUGUCAUAUUGUAAAACCCAGGUCUGAGUAGCUGAUUAUCAGCUAGCUUGAUAUCAUGGUAUGGAUGUUACAGGAGAAAUAUGGACUGAAGCAGAUUUGCUUUUUCGUCACUGAAAAAAACAAAUGUUUUUGACAAGAUUUGUAAAUGUUUUCUACUGAUUUUACUUUGUAAAUAGGUCCGGCCAAUAGGUCCUGCUUUCUUUUACUAUGUUUUUUGUUUUUAAAGAGUGGUGCUAAACAAGCCUGGUUUUCCCUCUGCGCUCUACUUCAGUUUAGCUCAGGGGUCAGCAUCCCUGGUCCUGGAGAGCCGCAGGGUGCGCUGGUUUUUGUUUUCACCUUUAUACCAGCAACCGAUUCAGGCCCCAGAAACCAGGUGAGGCGAGUAAACUGUGUAAUCGACUGCUUUAAUUGAUCAAUUAAGUGCUGAGUAACAACGAAAGCCAGCACACACUGUGGCUCUCCAGGACCACGGUUGCCGACCCCUGGUCUAGCUGAUUAUUCCCCACAUUUAAAAAAUUGUCCUUUAUAGCAUUUUUUUAAAAUGCCAGAACAAUCCACACUACACAAACAUAAUUAUUUUCCGAGUAGGCAGUUAGAUCCACAGUCCUUUCAUUGUGAGGGGUCUGGGUGUCAGUCAGUUCUUGGCAUCCAGAUGUCUUGUGACCACGGUCCAUAAAGUACCUGUUUUAGUCCUCUCUGUGGGAGGUGUGUGUCUUCCCAACCAACCCAACCAACAAAUAUUGGAAUGGCAGAGGGCUAACAGACUUGUUUCUUUCUUCAUGUGGAAUAAAUUCUUAUUGUUCAAAAAUACUUUGAAGCAUGCAUAUACCUGUACAUAUUUGAAGCAUAUUGACUCCAAAAGGGGCAUGUUUUUUAAGUAACCUCCAGUACAUUUACACAUUUGUUAAAAAGUGUAAUUCAGUAUAUUUUGUUGACUGAAGCAGUGCACAAUAUUAAAUCCCAAAGUGUAUUUCUGUUUGGAAUUUUGUCACAAUUGAUGCAAAAUUAAAAUAUUGUAGGUGGAAAUAUGUUCUUUCAUGAACAAAGUAAUUAAUUAAAUCAUUUGCCAUCAUAGUAGUAGACCUGGAAACACAUCAGUCUGCUUUGUUUGUUUUUGUUUUGUAUGUGAGUCAUGGUGUAUUAAUAAUAUACUUUUUUUCAAAAUUGUCAAAAUAAUAUUUGAUGCCAACCCUUGUCAAAUCUGACAUAUAUUUUGUCAGUUGUUUCUCAUAUAAAAUAUUUCCAUUUGGAAAGGCUGUGGAAAACGUUUUCAUCAUAAAUGCACAUUGCUUUUAUAUUAAAUGUGUUUUAAAUAAAACACAUUGCUGGCAUUAAA